AUGUCGUAUAAACAUCAUAUAAAUGACGACAAUUACGACAAAAAGUGUGCGGUUUGUGGCGAUCGGGCACUCGGCAACAACUUUGAGGUGCUGUCGUGUCCCUCAUGUAAGGCAUUCUUUCGUAGGAAUGCCACCAAAAAUAAGCAAUACAAAUGCCUUUUCGACAACAACUGCACCAUAGAUAUCACGACCAGAAAGUACUGCAAAAAGUGUCGACUCAACAAAUGCUACGCUAUGGGCAUGAAAAAAGACUGGAUUCUGUUAAAUGAGUGGAAAAAAGGCAUUAAAUGCGGACUUCAAACCAAUAAUAAUAAUACAAAUACUGAGACCAUUAGUCCUAAUAGUAGUCCUAUUGAUGAACAUUAUUAUAGUAAUCCCAUGGACUAUGAAAAUAUUAACCCCGGUGUUCACUACAAUAACAUGACACACGCCAUACCUCUUGACAGUCCCGUGCCAUACGGUUCCGACACCUCACACGACACGGACUACUCGUCCCCGCCCUUAGACUACACAAUCAGUAUAUAUUUAGGCGGAUGUGUCGACUAUGUCACCACAACCACCGGCGCCCCAAUUGACAUACCGGACACGUUUGGGGACAUCGAUGUGGACAGUGAUGUGGAAAAGGAGAUCAACGACGAGAUUCAGGACAUAUCGGCCGCCAUUGAGCUUCAGGACAGCCUGUUUUGGGUGGACAGACCGCUCACGGACUACAGGAAUAACUUCAAUGAAUUAGAGGGCAAUAAAUUGCGUGAACUAUUGGCAGCCACUCAGGUGUUCAUUGAGCUUGCUCAUACCACGCAGCAUGAUAAAUGGCUAUAUCAUGGGCACCCGGACUAUAAGCCGAGUCUAUUGCACCAACACAUGAGACGACUGAACAAAAUGUGUCACAAUUUGACGGCUUUUAAUAACAUAUGCGACGCCGAUAAGAUUUGCUUGCUCAAUUAUGGCUCCAUUGACCUGUUUUGCAUUAGGUCGCUACCUAAUUAUGAUUACACCAGGGAGAAUUGGACUUUUGUUAUGGAUAAGGACACAUCGCUUAUAGUGAGCCUAAAUGUGUUGCAAAAUAUGCCCCGAAAUGCCCACAAGUUAUGCAAAAACUUUUUCCAUACCAUAGCUAAGGAAUGGGACACCGAUUCCGUGAUUCUCGAUCUGGUAGUACACUCUCAGUCGUACAGUACAUAUUUGACGGCAAUUAUAUUUUUUAACCCCAACCGACCCAACCUUAAGCACAAGCAUAUGGUUAAUAACUGA